GGUGAUCUCGUGCGCCAUUACUUGCCUACCUAGGUAGCCUAGGUAGUUUGAUAUCGAUUGAUAUUUCCUUCGCAGAGCCAACAAAGCCAUGGGUUCUACCUCAUUUUGAAAAGUUCGCUAGUAGUACACUAUUAGAAGCAUUCAAUCAAACACUGCAUCAAGCAGAGGCUUCUAGUUCAAUGCCGAGCUAAUGGGAUCAUCCAUCCAGAACCCCAAACCACAUACUGCAAGCUAGCAGCGCAAAGAGAGCCUUGUCGUCAUCGUCUUCAUUAUCAUCAUGAAUUUCCUCGAAGUCCUGUCAGCUCUUUUCGGCUGGAUCUAUACCAUCUGCUGGUCGUUAUCUUUUUACCCACAAGCGAUUCUCAACUUCAGAAGGAAGUCGACUGGUGGAACAACUGUUGAUUUCCCCUUUCUCAACGUGCUUGGGUUUGCUUCUUACUUGAUAUACACCUGCGCGUUUUACUGGUCCUCAACUAUCCGUUACCAGUAUGCGCUACGUCACGAUAAUCAUACACCAACGGUAGCCUUCAAUGACGUCGCAUUCGCUCUUCAUGCCCUUAUCCUUACUGCCAUCCUGAACACACAAUACUUUCUGCCGUCUAUAUGGGGCUUCGAGUUGCCGAUCGCUCGAAGCCCCUCGCGCUUCAUCACUGGAGUCUUCACCGGCUGUAUCACCGGCGUCGUCCUGAUUAUAUUCGUUGUAGCGUCGCAGCCGCCUAGCGCUGACCCCAAGACAUCGUGGGCUUGGUUGGAUGUCAUAUAUAUCAUCUCGUAUGUCAAACUUCUUGUGACGUUAGUCAAAUAUGCGCCACAGCUGGUGCACAACAUGCGCAAUAAGAGCACUAAGGGAUGGGAUAUCUCGCAAAUCUUAUUAGACUUUGCAGGGGGUAUUCUGAGCAUCGCGCAGCUUGGUAUAGAUUCGUAUCUGCAACAUGAUUGGUCUGGUGUUACAGGAAAUCCAGUCAAAUUCUUCCUGGGUAACGUUAGUAUGCUCUACGACAUUAUGUUUAUGGGCCAGCACUACUGUCUAUAUAACGACAGUAGCUCAAAGAUGGAUGAUGAAGAGAGAGAGAGACUUCUAGAAAGGGGUGAAAGCGAUAGGAGAUUGGAUUGAUUCUACGUACUUGCUCACAGUAUUUCCCGUUCGUUAAUCUUAGGAGCAAGUCCGCCACAAAAGCGUUUGCUACGAAAAAUCUGCCCAGUGUAGAGAGGGUUUCUAAUAACCAGUCAUCAAAUCAUGUUAAACCGGUGCAUCGAAUUACAGUAUACCUUAUAUACUACCUCAUACCUAUGUAGGUACCUAGCGCCUAUCGGUGAAGAUUCACACACAAAGAUACGGGUCCAUACUACCAUUACCUAUUUCCAAUUUCUGCUAUAAACUAGAUGACCAGGUCACAUACGCGUAACAUUUCAAUAAAGCGAAUAACAAUCA